AUGUCUUUCUUCGGCAAGCUCAAAGGAAACGCAGUGACGAGUCCGACUACAGGCACCCUGCCCCCAAAGAAAGAUGCCACCAUUCCGCAACCGACCCCACUAGAGAAGCACAUUGCUGAUCUGGCCGGUCCUGUACGGCCGGACGGUAGCGACAAGUUCUUUGGCUUCGAAAACUACGGGAGCACAUGCUAUGCCAACUCGAUCAUUCAAUGUCUGUACUACUCAACCACCUUCCGCGAAAAUGUCCUCAACUUCCCCCCACUGCCGCCAACGCCCGAACAAUCCGAGACGGAUGCAGACCGGAGCAUGAGCCUCCAGAAUGGCCUGCCGGCUCCUGGAAACCACCUCUUGACUGCUGCCACGAACAACCUCACUUCAAGCUCGCCCGCAAGACGACCCAUCAUUCUACCAAACUCGCCUGAAGCCCAAACAACCAAGCCCGAUGACAAGGACUCUCCGGACUAUAAGAAAAAGGUGGCCAUGAGGUCGGGUCCUGUUCUAGAGAUGCAAAUGAGCAACUCCAACGCGUAUGGAAUGUCUGAAUCGCUCUUUACCUCACUAAAGGACAUAUUCGAGUCUAUCAUUGGCCAUCAAUCGCGCACAGGAAUCAUCAGUCCUCUCAAAUUCCUCGAGAUUUUGAGAAAGGAGAACGAGAUGUUCCGUUCUGCUAUGCACCAGGAUGCACACGAGUUUCUGAAUCUGCUACUGAAUCAGGUCGUCGACAAUGUAGAGAUGUACUCGAAGAUGCUGCCGGCCAUCAACGGCACACUCAACGGCAACGGCAGUGCAGAACCGAGCAUGGCAGGCGCCAUGUCUGCCAUGGCGAAAGCGCACAAUACGGCCGGUAUGAGCAGCACUGGCUGGGUGCAUGAUCUCUUCGAGGGUCUCCUCACUUCAGAAACACGUUGCCUCAGCUGUGAAAACACAUCACAGAGAGAUGAAGCGUUUAUGGACCUGUCCGUCGACCUGGAGGCGCAUUCUUCUGUAACAUCAUGUCUGCGAAAGUUUUCAGAAGAGGAGAUGUUGUGCGAACGCAACAAGUUCCACUGCGACAACUGUGGCGGUUUGCAGGAAGCUGAAAAGAGAAUGAAGAUCAAACGACUACCACGCAUUCUGGCUCUCCAUCUGAAACGCUUUAAAUACACCGAGGACCUCCAAAGACUCCAAAAGCUUUUUCAUCGAGUUGUUUAUCCUUAUCACUUGCGAUUAUUUAAUACCACGGACGAUGCAGAAGACCCGGAUCGAUUGUACGAACUCUACGCUGUGGUUGUCCACAUUGGAGGUGGCCCAUACCAUGGACAUUAUGUCUCUAUCAUCAAGACUCAGGAUCGUGGGUGGCUUAUGUUUGAUGACGAACUAGUCGAGCCUGUUGAUAAGAGCUUUGUAAGGAAUUUCUUCGGUGGUGAGCCAAAACCGGGAGUGCAAGACGCCAGGCAACUUGCUUGUGCUUAUGUGUUGUUCUAUCAAGAGACGACGUUAGAAGCAAUGCAGAAAGAGCAAGAGGCCGAGGCCAGACAGGCUGCCGCUGCUGCUAGCAUGGCAAACAGAGAUUCGGUCUCGAGAGAAACACAGAAUGGUCUGAUGAUUAACGGCCUUCGCAACACACAUACAGUGCAGUCACCGAUCGAAGAAGAGCCCAAUGCCUUUGCGAGCCUCGCUCAUGCUUCUACUGCUCCAGCUCUGUCGCAGCAACGUUCAGCUUUCAGCGGCCUGUCGACGUCACCUUUCCUCGGCUCCGGGACUGGAUCUCUGGACAAGAAGGCAGCGAAGCAGGCAGAAAAGGAACGCAAAGCACAGGAAAAAGAAGCGCGCAAGCUCGCAGAUGCAAAGAGAAAGGAGGCGGCCGAGGCGACGAGAAAUGCUUGGAAGAAACAGAACGAGGAUUACCUUGCUGCCAUCGAGCUCAGCAAACAAACGGCGGCCGAAGAGGCUAGUCGCGCAGGGAAUGCGGCUCCUGACAUGGGUACACCAGCAGCAGACAGCAAAGACCGACCAGGUCUCAGCAGAUUUAGACACAGCUCGAUGAGUCUACGACAAAAACCAAAAUUCUGGACUUCGGGCAAAGAGAAGGAACCGGGAAGCCCGAUGCCAACACAGGCUGAGGAAGCAACCCCAGCAACAGGCGGAGAGAAAGAUGUUAAGAAGAAUAGGUUCAGUUUAAGCCGAAAGAAGUCGACGGCGCUUUGA